AUGUGUAGCAGCGACCAGGAGACUGCAGACAGUGAGUCAGCACUUCAGCACGGUUCUGCUUUAGAUUUGCAUUUUAAUGAUGUGAACAUCGCAUCCGUAGACAGAGAAUUAGAAGAUCAAGAAGGCAGUGACCUUGGAUUAGCAAGUCAAAGAUUACUGGGAAGUUCAGCACCUGUCAAUAUUCCAGGUUCUCUUGUUCGUUCCUCAUCUUUACAUUCAUCGUCAUCCCUUUCAACCUCUCCACUCAGUUCUCUUUCACAAUCGCUGUCUCAGUCUUUUGUUUCAUCCACUACGGCUCCUCACCACCAGCAGCCUCAGCCUUUGAAGACAGAACAUACUAUGUUAGGCACCUCAGCCUCUUCUCACAACUCUUUAGGUUUAAAUGGUGUUACAGGGAGCAUCUGGGACUUUGUGACUGGGAGUUUCUCUCCUAGUCCAUCCCCAGUACUCAGCAGUGGCGCUACCCCCUCACUAAGUUCAAACACCAGUGGGAACGAACUAACUCGAGUUAGACAGGAACUUGAUGAUGCCAAGAGAAAACUAAAACAGUGGGAAGAAUCUUGGCAACAAGUAAAACAG